UCUUGUGGCUGACUUGACGGUUCUUUGCGUGUUCUCAGUGACUUUCUUCGGGGGGAAAAAAGUCCCUCGACUGCUUCGUCGACAUAACGACGGCUUGGUAAAAACAAAACAAAACAAAAAACGGAGGUGGCGAGCGUGCGGGUGAACGAGAGCCGUCUCGCUGAACUCCUUCCGCCCGCGGAGAUGUUCGCCACAGCCACCAGGAACUUUGUGGAGGAGGUGGACGAGCGCGGAGGUUUGCUGAUCCCGAUGAGAAGCCUCAACGACUCCGUCUCGCUGCUCACUGUGGUGGUGAGCCAGAAACGCUUCUGGUUCUGGCAGAAGCCCAAACACAUGCCCACCGACUUCACCCUCAACGACGUCCUCACAGGAAACGCGCCUAUCACGCCAGUUUUAAUCGAGACAGACUUCAUCAAAUACAAUGGGACCUACGGCGACAGCAUCCACGGGACAGCGGAUGCCACAUUCAUCCAUUCCAACGUGAGCGUGGAGGGCAAAGAGUCUUCCAAACUCCAGUUGUUAUUCGGCAGUUUGAAGAAAGACGAAGUGGAUGUGCGCAAGCUGCUGCAAGACUCUAAAAACAGGGUGCUGGACAUGUCCCACCGUCUGAUCCAGCAGACCAAGAAGAAGCGUCAGGUGUUCGGCGUGGUCAAGGAGCGCAUCGUGACCAGCCAGCCUUGUAGCGUCAUCGAGGAGGUACAGCAGGCGGAGCAGUGCACUGGGGCACUCAGCCUCUGCGGGCCCAAGAGUCCAAAGGUUUCACUGAAGGACAACGGCAGCCUGAGCAAAGACAGCAACGUUACCAUGGAGAUUCCCACUAACACCACGCUGGCCUACGCCCUCAUUGAGCUCGAGGUGAAGCACGAUGGUCGCUACGAGCUGUGUCUGAUGUCAAACAAGGGGGGCUUCGAGGUGGACAGCCCCACUCAAAAAGGACUGGCGGGUGUCACCGGAGCGCCUGUUCAAAACAACCCUGAUGUCAGCCAUCUUGCACGAGAGCUGGAGAAUCUGCAUGCUCAUUUCCAGCUGCUGUCAGCUCUUCCCGCCUGCGGCAGGUCUUCGCUGCUCAAGAACAUCACAGCUGUCAUGGAGGACAGAGCAGCUCUCAGUGCUCUUCAGAGUGUGCUGGACCAGAUGCUCCUGGAUAAGAGCGCAAACAUGGCCGAUGUUUCAGAGGCGCACAAACAAUGCAUCCAGCCUGUUGUGGAUGUGCUGGAGGAGUCGGAAUGCGGCUCAGCAGCACAGACGGAGCGCUCGGCGUCGGUCCUCAGUGCGCUUCACCUCAUUACGAGUGCCUUGGAUGAACUGACUUGCGAUAGUCUCGCUGCGCUGAGAGUCUGCAGCAGUCCUGAUGUGUUAAAAAUCAUGGAGCUUCUGGUACAGUGCUUGUUAGGAAGCGGGGCUUCGCCGGCGAGCGGCGCGGACCUCGCCGCGCUGCCGGAGGUCAUCUUGCGGAACGUGGAACAUCUUUUCGCCGCCUCUGACGUGAACCUGGAGAGAGACGCGGCCAGGGUCCGAAUAAACCAGCUGCGGCAACCAGCAAACCGCCCACUCAUCUUGUGUAUCGCUCUCAGAGGCCUCCACUCUCUGGCCCACUGUGUUUAACUAACAGGUGCUUUUUCAGUGAAGCGCAAUCAUCCAAAAUGUAUUGUCAAGGAAAAGCACCCAAUAAGCUCCCCAAAGGCCAUAACCACUUUUUAUAUUGUAUUAUGGUGCAAUUGAUUUUUACCUGAUUUUUAUGAGUCAAUGUGCUUCUCUUUUGUCAUUUUCUAAUGAAGCACUAUUGAUUUCUGUGUCGAACGUUUCUACAUUUUUAAACACUUUAGCACUACUGUCUGAAAAUAUGAAAAAUAUAUUACCUUUGUUGUUCAAACUGUGAGCCUUUUUUUGGCACACACAUUUUUUUUUAAAUGCAUGCUUUAUUCGUUCAAUGUGCAUUGUGAACCUGUUCAGAUCUUUAUAGUCCUUUUUGCUGAUAAGUUUUUAAAAAUAAAACUGAUAC